GGGCCCUUUUUCAGAAGGGGAGGGAGGGAGGCAUCAAUGGGAGGGCCUUGGAAGUCACACAAAAGUGUGAUGCUUCUGCCAUGGCGUGACACAAGACCAGACAACACAAGAGGCUGAGUGAGGACACCGCGGAGCAGCUUCUGCAUCUCAAACAAGGGUAGCCAAGUGGAUUUAGCGGCACCCACACUGUGUGGAGGAGAUCAUCCAUAUCAAUGAGGACACCUGGGAUGGCACUUUUCAAGCAGCAGGCUGUGGAGGACUUCUAUGACAUCGGGGAGGAAUUGGGAAGCGGCCAAUUUGCGGUGGUCAAGCGUUGCACGGAGAAGAGCACGGGCCUCGUAUUCGCCGCCAAGUUCGUCAAGAAGCGGCAGAGUCGGGCCAGCAGACGCGGCGUGAAGCGCGAGGAGAUCGAGAGGGAAGUGGACAUCCUGCAACAGCUGCAACAUCCUAACGUGGUGGCUCUUCACGACGUCUACGAGAACCGCACCGACGUGGUGCUCAUCCUUGAGCUCGUUUCCGGCGGAGAGCUUUUCGACUUCCUGGCUCGUAAGGAGUCGCUUUGUGAAGAGGAGGCCACUCAGUUUAUCAAGCAGAUCCUGGACGGUGUCCAGUACCUCCACUCCAAGAGGAUUGCGCAUUUUGACCUCAAGCCAGAAAAUAUAAUGCUACUGGACAGGAACGUUCCCCUUCCCCGCAUUAAAGUGAUCGAUUUUGGAUUAGCGCACAAGAUGGAAGCCGGAGCGGAGUUUAAAAAUAUUUUUGGAACUCCUGAAUUUGUUGCUCCGGAGAUUGUUAAUUAUGAGCCUCUGGGGUUGGAGGCUGAUAUGUGGAGCAUUGGAGUCAUCACGUACAUACUUUUGAGCGGCGCCUCACCUUUCCUGGGUGAGACAAAGCAGGAAACGUUAGGGAACAUCUCAGCCAUGAGCUACCAAUUUGACGAGGAGUUCUUCAACAACACCAGUGAGCUGGCCAAGAGCUUCAUCAGACAGCUGCUGGUGAAAGACACAAGGAAACGAAUGAACAUACAAGAGGCGCUCAACCAUCCGUGGAUUAAGUCCUUCGCCGCCCCGGAUGCUGAGCAGAAAGCCGAGGAGUUGAAGACCAAACGUCUCAAGGAAUACACCGUCCAGUCCCGUUCCAGCAUGACCGCAAACAACUCCUACGCCAGCUUUGAACGAUUUGCCCGCGUGGUGGAGGACAUCGCUUUGAUGGAGAGCGAGGUGACACAGGUGGCGGGGGCCCGCCGUACCUUGCGAGAUGACCUGGAGGCUCUGCUCGACAUUUAUAACGACAAAGAAGCCUGGUACAAAGAGGAGAACGAAAGCACCAGGAGGCAACUCUCCCGAGUCCGCUACGAGUAUCGCAAAGUGGAAGCCACCAGGAGGCUGUUGAGGGAAGACCUGUCGGGCGUGGGCGCCAACUUGGGAAGCAUCAGCGAGAAGUACCAGGAGAGGGAAAAUCAGAUGGACGCGCUGAGGCAGGAGCUGAACUCGGAGCUGCAGUGGCUGCAGGAGGUGGUUAGCUCUUUGGAUCCACAGGGAGCACACGAGAGCUGUCUGGACAUAGCGCUGAAGGAGCUGCUGCAUCAGGGGACCCCAAAACCCCUCACAGAGUCAAAUUGAUAAGAGGAGAGACUUUGGGGUGUGAUGACUUUUGACAUGGUUUUGGAUACUUGACACAUUGCUUGUGGAAGCAAGUUAGACUGAAGUCCCUGUAAAGUCAAAGUAAAUUCUUCUAAUGUGACAUAAAUUUGGAUGAUUGAAACAAAAAUUGGCUUCAGAAUGGUGAAAAAUCAAAUUGGACAGGGCUUAAAUGGAGGCGCUAGCCACCAGCUAGCUUGUGAGCUAACGGGUCUUUUCCUAGUCAAAAAUAAUUAAGAAUUCACUUUACAGGGUCUUUAAAAAGGAUGCUUUUUCUUUGUAUUUCUUUAUAUCUGACAUUUGUUUUCGGAUUAAGGUAUUGUCAGUUCUUAUGUCUUCUUCCACGUCAGACUGAUUCAAGCAUGUCCUUCUGGAACCUAAUGGGGCCCAUAAACAGGUCUUUCCAGCAUAAACAUGUCCAAAGUGCAAAGUGGAGAACAUUGGUUUCAUGCUCCCAGUACAUUUGAUUAUUUUUCGCUCUGAGAUGUGUUAAGCAAGCCCGAUGGAUUGGAGGCAGACUCUGAUAGGUUUGAAUUUUGGCAAGUGGAGGCUGUGAAUGUUGUGUUAUCCAUUAUUUAUGGCUUCGCUGUGUUCUGAAUGCCCGAGUGUAAAGCCAAUCUUUCUAAUGGAAUUACACUUUUAAUUUGUUUUUCAUUCCAUUUUUUUGAUUUAGUUUGUAACUUGGCAAGCAAUUAAGUUACCUUUGCCAUGAUGUUGAUUUGUUGGUUUGCUUCCUUUUUCAAAAAUCUCUUCUUAGUAGAAAUAUUACUUCUUUUAUUUAUGUAUUUAUGUAUUUAUUUAUUUAUUUAUUUUGCAGAAUAUUUAUUUCUUGGCUAUAUUUUGGAAAACUCCAAGCAUAUAAAAAUGCAUUUAUCAGUUACAAUGUGCACUUUUUUGACUUCUGUGAAAACAUUCACAAUUUUUAAAUUCCCCAAUUAAAUAGUUUCAUUGAA